CAAGAUUUUACCUUUACUGUAUGACUGUAAAGGUAACAUUAGUAAAAUGUUGAUAUAAUGCUUUUGCGCUUGCUUAUCUUCUAGAUUGGGAGGGGAAGAGAAAUGUAGCAGUUCAGGACAGUAAAUAGGAUAUUCUUGAAAGAAUCCUUCUCUUUGUGCACAGUUGCUUCACUGAUCGGUUUACUAGCUCUAAGUAAGAGCUUAAUUCUCUGAAAGCCUUAUUCUCUUCUCUGUUUGCUCUGAUUUAAUGGCACUGUUUCCAUUUGUCGUAUGUCUUAUUGUCCAACUUUGAGACUUUAUAUUCAUUCUGUCUUGGAGCUGAGUGUUUCAUAUAGAGAGCUUUUGCUUUGCAUAGCUUUAGCUACCAAAAAUUAGAGGAAGAAAUUAUAUCAAGCUUUUCCUUGGGUCAAUGAUGACAUCAGAGUCCUCUCCUCUUGGUAACUUUGGCUUUGAUCCCAACUUCAGUGGAGACACUUAACAUUUUAUACUUUGUUGAAAAUAGAAUUAACUUUAUUUACUUUUGCAUGUGGGAUUUUUUUCCUCAGCGUUUUAAUGCUCUCUUGUUUUAUUUUUGCACUGCCUCUAUUUUUGUAUCAUAGAAUGUUAAUUGCUUUUCAUUAAAUAUUUCACUACCUACAUUUUCCUGAACCUGAUGAGGAGUAGUAUUUCUUGGAUGUAACGUGCAAAAUCAUGGUAUGAUGUGUAAACUCUAUGAAAGGCCUAGAUUUUAGUUGUCAGGAUUAAAUUGGGGUUUUUUCCAUUCUUUUUUAAUAGGAUGUUUUCUUGUUCCCUUGCUUUGUGUGACAGAUUGUGAUUUGAAUUCCUUACUUCCUCUCUUCACUGAGUAUAAAACAUCAUGACAGCCUAAUCAUUUCAUAGAGCAGCUUCGUUGUUUAAGAAGAUUCGUCUUUCUGCUAUUUCUUUGUCCCUUGUCUGUCUUGUUCUGUGGUAUUGUCGAAUUCCUGAAAUGGUCCUUGUCCCUCUUAUCCACUAAACAUCAUCUCUUCUUUUAGACUUUACCUUUCUCCAUGAAUUGUUGUGCCUUUUGGUGCAGUUUCAUGACAAAUACAACAUUACUAUUUUUGUUUUCUCAUCUUCCCACAAGCAUGCUUGAAGUAUUGAUUCAGAGUACAUAUAUGUGCCUCAACACUCAGAUAGCAUACUUAAACCUUCUAAUGUACUGGAAACUGGGAAAAGAAAAAAUACAGUUCAGGAUGAAGGUACACUGAUACUGCUGUGUGGGAAAUAACUUAUGCCCUGACUGUAAGCAGUAGUUGUCCUUCAUCUAAAUGGAGGCUAAGAGAAUGUUGUUUCCUCCUGUUCAUCGAGUAUUAUUUCAGCACAGAAAAUUUGGAAAGAGACUUCUUUCUGAGGAGAAAGAUGGACCAACAAGGAUUUCUGCCCGUGUCAUUGAUUGCCAGCUUCCAUCGGAUGCAAGCUCUGACUACAAAUGCUGCGCUUAUUUUGGAGGCUCUAAAGGACAGUACAGAAGUUGAAACUGUGGAUCAGAGGAUCAGGAAAAGGGUUGAUCCAGAAAAGUGGCCAAUUCCAGGCCCUCCUCCGUGCAGUCUGCCACCGACUGACUUUUCUCAGCUCAUCAAUUGUCCAGAAUUCAUACCAGGCCAAAUUUUUGGCUCACAUACUGAGUCUGCACCAAGUUCUCCAAGAAUGGGAAGCCUGCUCAGUCCAAAGGAAAACACUGAAACAAGUAAUUUUCAGACAAUGUCCAAAGGGUUGUCUACAAGUUUGCCUGAUUUGGACUCUGAACCUUGGAUAGAAGUGAAGAAGAGGCAUCAUGCAUCUACGGUCAAACUAAAGGAAACUGUUCCUAUAGCUGAUCAAACGUCAGAUCAACAGCAGCCACCCCCCCGCCCAGAGGAACAAGAACAAGAAGAACUUGAUUUUUUGUUUGAUGAAGAGAUGGAACACGUUCAAGAUCGGAAGAAUAAAUUUACUGAUUGGUCAGACAGCGAUUCCGAUUAUGAAAUUGAUGAUCAGGACGUAAACAAGAUUUUGAUUGUAACACAGACACCACCGUAUAUGAGAAAACAUCUUGGUGGAGAUCGUACUGGCAACCACAUGUGCCGUGCAAAAAUUACAUCAGAACUUGCUAAAGUCAUUAAUGAUGGCUUAUACUAUUAUGAACAGGAUUUGUGGAUGGAGCAGAGUGAAAAUGACACUAUGAUGAAGCAAGAGAUUGAGAACUUUAAGAAGCUAAAUCUCAUUGGUAAGGAAGAAUUUGAUAAUCGUGCACCAGAACCAAUUGCUGAUACAACCCAGGAAGUUCCUCCAGGACCUCCAGGGUUACAGAAAGAUUUAGCAGAGGAGCUAGCUUCUAAUGUGUUAAAUAUUGAAGUACCUCCAACAGCAGCAAUAGCUCGAUCACUGCCAACAGCAGUUCCAGAUUCCCCCAUUGUUCACUCUGGCUUCACCUCGCAAACACCUCGCACCCCAAGGCUCCAGGAUCCCAACAAAACACCCAGAUUCUACCCUGUUGUUAAAGAAGCGCGAUCCAUUGAUGUAAAGACUCCAAGAAAAAGAAAAACACGACACAGUACAAAUCCUCCGUUAGAAUGCCAUGUUGGUUGGGUGAUGGAUUCCAGAGACCACAGGCCAACAGCUUCCUCUGUGAGCAGUUCCAAUGCUUCACCUUCAGAAGGAGUUCCGCUAGGAGGAAGUUACGGGUGUACCCCAAAUUCUCUUCCAAAAUUUCAGCAUCCUUCUCAUGAACUGUUAAAGGAAAAUGGCUUUACUCAACAGGUGUACCACAAAUACCGUCGAAGGUGUCUAAUGGAGAGGAAACGGUUGGGAAUUGGCCAGUCCCAGGAAAUGAACACACUUUUUCGUUUCUGGUCGUUUUUUCUGAGAGAUCACUUCAACAAGAAAAUGUAUGAAGAAUUUAAACAACUUGCCCUGGAAGAUGCAAAAGAACACUACAGGUACGGAUUGGAAUGCUUGUUUAGAUUUUACAGCUAUGGCCUAGAAAAGAAAUUCAGGCAAGAAAUAUUCAAGGAUUUCCAAGAAGAAACAAAGAGAGACUAUGAAGCUGGUCAGCUCUACGGGCUGGAGAAAUUUUGGGCUUAUCUAAAAUACUCUCAGCACAAGACUCCAGCCAUUGACCCCAAACUGCAAGAACACCUUAAUAAAUUUAAGAGACUGGAGGACUUCCGAGUGGAUCCUCCUAUCAGUGAAGAAUCUGGCAGAAAGAGACCGGUAGCCACAACAGAUGAGGAUUCAGGUCAUCGCAGACAUCAGCCUAGUUCUUCUAAAACCCUUCCUGCCGCUAAGCCCACGGCUGCCUGUCAGUCCCAGGCACGAAGAAACGUCACCAGUGGGAAUACUGCGCAAGCGUCCAUAGGCCAUAACAGUGCUGCCACAAAACCUAUAGAAAGUGAUGUACCAGAAAAAUAGACUUAAAGAUGAGCUUGCGCCCUUGAGAAUCAGCUUUUACAUCACUCUUAAUUUGGAGAUCUUCAAGGCGAGCCAAUCUAACAUGCGAUUAAAAAUGUAUGGGAAGACAAAGGAUUGGAUUCUCUUUUCCACAGGAUUUAGUUCCAAAACACUUACCCUAGGAGAGUUGCUCUUGGAUUUCGGGAUCAUCGGAAGGAUCCUAGGGAAGAUUCUUUGGCUUCAGUAUUGCUUUCUCCGAGCUUUUGUUUACAAAGAACUGCAUUCCUUGCAUAUGCAAAAAAUACUUUGGGGAUGCCUUACAUUUCAGCUCAUAUUUCUUAAAAAAAGGUAUGAUAUACCCAUGUUAUUUACUGUGCUUUCUUUACCCAGAUUUUCCCAUUAUUCGUAUGUUACCAAAGCAAAAAAAACUUAAGUUAUGUGUAGAAUUUUAAAUGUAAAGGAAGGAUCUAUGUGAUUGGUUUGCUCUUGAAUCUAACUACGAAAAAGUAUGGUUUUGUGCAAAGCACGCUCGAGAAUGUGCAGCUGUAUAUGAAACUGCAUUUCUUGAUUCUAUUUAAAGACAUAGUUUCUAUUAUGUUUUUUUCAGGGUCUCCAUAGUUAGUAUUUUAUUAAGUAUGGAGUGGACAUAACUGGGAUAGUUUUGCAGCUAUUUCCUUCAGUACUGGUUCUUAAAUAGCUCAAGCAACAGCAAAAUACAGGGGAAAAUGGAUCUGUUGAUUUCACAGUGUCUUAAUUCACAUACAGUAUCUAGAGUUUGUGCAGGUUGAUCAAACAGCAAACUACUCAAAUUAUUCUUGGCGUGAGAGGUGUCUUCCUUUGAAUUCUCUUACGAUUAUGAAGUACUCUAACAGGAGAGGCAUAAUUUUCAAAAAUCUUUUUUUCUCCCUAUUCCAAGUAAUAAAAAUUAGUUUGGAGGGAAACAAAGUAUUCCUUGUAAAUUCUAUUUUUCGCUUUAUUUUGCAAUAUCUGAAUGAAGUUCUGCUUAAAUUGUGCUAGCUAAGCCUAAAUAAUUUCAAGCAGGUCUAAAUGCAAUUUCACUGAAUGUAAGUUAUUCAAACACAAAUCCACGUCUGUAGCUGAAAUAUGGGGAUGUUUAUAUCCUGUAACUUCUUAUUAACCUCAUUACUGUUGGCUUUUAAAGAUUCAAAAAACUGAGUGGGUAACUUACCUCUUCCAAGGGCAGUUGAGAAGAAUUUCAGCUUUUCGUUAGUUAACUGCAGAAAAGACUUCAGUUAACUUCUAAAGUUAAAAAGUUAGGUCUAGCACAAAUGCCUUAAUCCACGAAGGUGCCCUGACAGCACAACCACGUAUGGGGCUUUAAAGAACAAGUCCAUUAUUUUUUCAGUCACUGUCUUGUGAAUCUCGAUGAAACAAAUUACGAACGUUUGCUUUGUAAAGGGAGCAUAUCUUAGUGGUGGCCUUCCCUACAGUUACUACCAUUUCAGUAUGAAAUUGAGCCUUUUGUAAGUGGCCUGUUCUAAAUGAAUUCAAACGAACACAUACCAAUAUUUCAAGUACUUUCCCAUAAACAUGCUGAAGUGACACAUCUCAAUCCUGUGUUUGAUCCAUGCCUUUUGCUAUCCAAGAAAAUGAUGCGAAUGUAAAUUUGGAUUGAAAUUGUAUAUACAAGUAAUGGAUUUAAGAUAUUUCCUUUCACUUUUUCAUUGGAAAAUGUGCAGAUUAAGCUUAGUGUGUGUAAUUUUGUGAUAUCUUGACAAAUUUUAUAAAAACAACAACAACAACAAACCCUACUAGUGUUGUACAUCAACUUUUUUUUUUUCCCCAAAGUGUGAAGAAAACCAUCUAGAACGGGUGUAAGGCUGGAGACUUGCACGUGAAUUUCUGUUGCCUCUGGUGCAAGCCGGUACCAGGGAAACCCAGCCCACGCAAGGCUGAAGUAGUUCUUGGGAUGUGAGCCAGCUUUCUUUGAGUUCAAUAUUGAUUUAUGUUUUUCAUAUGACUGGGUAUUUCUCAAAGAAGAACAUGACAGGUGGCUGAUAAAUAUGGCUGAAAGCAAAGAGUGAGCGCAUUACCAGCGGGCCUCUGCAGGGCUAGCUGUUUAGACCCUGUCCCUUUAUUUAGGGGGACAGAAAACCCACCCAAGUCCAUGCCACAGCUCUGGCUGCCUUUCAGGAUUGCCUCCUUUCACUUCCCAUGGGCUUGAAUCUUCCCUCCCUCGCUAAGCUGAGAAUGAACCUGCUGGAUUUUAGAAUGAACCCCAAACACUUUGCUGGCGAAGGAGCUCGUUUCUCCAUGGGGCUUACAGUGGUUAAUCACCUUGCACUGACUGGCACACCUGUGCUGCAGAGCCAUAAAAUUGCCUCUGAACGCACAUGUACAUGCCCAACAUUCUUUCUGAUGCCUUUUAGCUCCAUUUAAGCCAACCCCAACCUUCAAUUAGUCUUUCUUAAGCCUGGCUGUUUUCUAAUGGUAGUCUAUUACUAAACACUUAGCAAGUCUUAGACCUUUCCUUGUCUAAAACUUCUCCCAUGUGCUCUUUAAAGAACUUAGUUUAGGUUUGUCCUCAUUUCUUCUGUUGAGAAAUGACUGUACAAGUAUUUCAAAGUAUCCCCCCCGCCUAAACUCAGGAAGAUUUUUCUUUUGUAAUGCUCAGAAUAUUGGAUUCUAAAGGCUUUUUAAAAGGGAAGGAAGGGAAGACUUCAGAUGGCUCUUGUUCUGGAUGGAGACCAGGUAUGCUUUCCUCUUUAAGCAGCAGUAGCCUGCCUGCAUGACCCAUGCUCCUGGAGUUUAGCAGGGAUUCGGGUUGCUGCAGGAGAUAAAGCACUAGAAUGAACAGAAGCCAGUUUGUAUUCAGCGCAGCCUCGACCCUGCAGAACGUGCUUCAGGCAGCGCUGCAGCACUGAGGUGACAAACUGCACUCCCUCGCUUCCAGACAGAGGAAGAGACUAAGCGUCAGCCGAUGUUCUUUUACGGACAAACCCCACAGCUAUGCUAGGCUAUACCCGGAAUCUUAAAAGCUUUCUUCUCUGCUGGCUUUGGCCUAGAUUGGGUUUGUUUGGUUUUUUUUUUUCCUGGGGUGGGGAGAAUGCAGUUUCCUUUGCAGCUUAUGUUUCCACAAACUCCACUAUGAAAAUGCAGCGCACAGACCAUCCCCAACACCUAACCCUGUAAUGGACCUACAGUUUUUAGCUUGUCUGAGGUGUUGUAUUACUGUUUGACCUAAGUACCAAGAAACUUCAGAGUACAACUUAAUGUGGCAACAUUACAUAUUAAAGAAAUGUAACAGUCUGUUACCAGUUCUAAGUCCUGCCUUAGUACCUUCAAAGCUGAUUAGCUGAGGUUUCUUUCUAGUUAAAAAAUGACACAUACACACACACACAAAAAAAAAAACCAAACCCAAACCAUGCCUUCAACUCUGUGAAAGCAAAGGACAGGGAUUUCACUCCUGUGAAAGGGAGUUUUCAUACAAGUAGUAAUUGAAUGCUUGUGGUUAAGUGACAAAUCCAGACUUGCCACCAGCACUUCAUACCUCCAAAAGGCUUUAUUUUUAGAUCCUUCCAGAGAGUAUGCUUGUAGGCUUUGCUCAGGUAUCCAGAAAAAGUGACAGGUCAGCAACAUAAAAUCAUCAUAACAAAAAAAAAUAGUAGUAAACUUUGUAACCUGCAUGGGGACAAUUUGAUUUGUUCAUGAUUUUUGGAGGAAGGCUGCAGCCCCUACCUCUCUGAAACGCGUUAAAGUUGCUGCCUGCUGAUGCAGGAAAAAAUACACAAAACCACAACAGUUCCCCAAGAGAAAGGGCGAGGAAUGCUUUGGGUUUGUUUGGUUUUUUUUGUUUUGAAGUUUUCAGGUAAACAACCCUUCCCCUGCAUUUGAACCAACCUUUGCACACAUGUUCUAUCACAAGCAAGCUUAAAACCCAAUCUGUAAACACCUGCUAGUAAACGUUCACCUUUAACCAUUGCAUGGAAGCCAGCAGAAGGCUUGGCUAGUAACCUUCAUACUGAAUUACUUGGUUUCCAUAUUUAAGUAAGCUUUCUAGGCCAGAGUUACAUUAUUACUAGCGUUAAGUAGGAAAAGGAGUAAACAGCCAAGUCUACAGCUGCAACUGCAUCAUUCCGUUCAUGCCUGAAAGCACAGUCAGAGGCCAGUGACGGCUGGGUUUUUCCCCCAGCCUACGCUUCAGCCUGCAGCACUGAAAUGGGAAAGACCCAAGCCUGCAAGGAGGACUCUUCAGGCUGUGGAUUUCAUCACAAACACACUUUGAGCUUAAUAAGUGAACUUCAGCAAUGCUUCAGUACCGAGUUGCUGAAUUAGUGAGUGACGCUUCAUGAAAAACCACAUGGCUUUGUCCUAAAAAAAUAAAACCAACCCCAAAGCAGAGCUGGGAAGACCUUUAUAUGCAAAGUACUAGGUCUUGAUCACUAUUUUGUACUAUUCUACACAAUGAUGCAUGUGUUUCCUGGAGGAAAUAAAACCCCUCCAACUUUUAUUGUAGCAAAAACAAUGAUCAGCGAGACUCAAAGCAUAAAUAAGGUUUAACUAUUCCUUGACCUUUACAAUUAAGAUGGUAACAUCAAACUGAUUUUGUAGGAAGGCCUAAGAUCUUGAAAGUGAAAUAAGAUCAGCAGCAGAGUGCUACACUGACUUUAGAUGAUGCGUGCAACCCAGAGAUGAUAGAAAAAAUUAAACUUUAGCCAAGGAAAAGUAGCUCUAGCACAAUAAAAAGAUACAAAUACAAGCACAUGAAAGGCUAAUUCUGUAGUUCUUAGUGGGAAUUCAAGAUGUUCAGAUCAAGUAACAACAUGAUAUUUUUUUUCUUAACUCAAGAAGGUUUAAAAAUAAAUUCCUCCAUAAUAAAGCAUUUUUGGUGUGCGAAUGAGGCAGAAGUGUCAAAACAAAUGACUACUCCAACUAGUUUAACGCUAAGUCUAGCCUAGGAAAACAAGUCCUAGAUUAAACUGGAAAUGUAUUUUGUUUCUAAAGAUGCCGAGAAAGACUUCCUUCAAGUCCCUUAUGUUGCUUAAACAAAAUUCAACACAUUGUCAGUAUCAACCUGCCUGUCAUUGUAGUUAAUAGUGAAUUUUGGGCAAGCGAUUGACGCAAACUUUACAAGGAUGAACGCCUCCAUAAAAUUCUUAUAUUAAUUGCACUAAAGUUUUGAUGGAUCUGAUGUUAUUCUAAACUAUCCUGUGUAGGUGUCAACUUUAUUUUUUUAUAAAAAUGAAAGCUACAACGUGCUUUGAAGCACUUUGGUUUUAGGUUGUCAGCUUUAAGUCACCGGUGACUUUGUGUGUAGGAUGGACCUACAUCUGCUAGCUGUCAAAAUACAGGAUUCAGUCUAUACAACACAGUGGUGCCAUGGGAUGUCAGGUUUGUGUUCUUUAGUUACCACUAAAUUCCUCCAAAGCAAAACUUGUCCUUUACCCUCUUGCUGUUCAACUAGUCCUAAAUCAUAAAAGUAAAAAUUUUAGCACUGUUCUUUUAAAACAAUUUAAAAUCCAAAACCCAACACAACAAAGCUUUCUGUAGCUUGGCUGCGACUAAGCUUCACUGCAUUUCUUACAGCAAGGGAAAGGCAAGGCAGCCCCUGGGUUAGGCAGUCGUGGCACAUACGAAGCUGCCCUUCUUUCUCACUAGGAAGCGGCUACACAAACCAGACACAAGCACGAUAAGCCACUAACGCUACAGCUACGCCAGGCGUAGCAACACCGAUAGCUGUAACGAGCGAAGAGGAGAGUAACUCGUGGCAAGUGUUAAGAACCUCCAGCCACGACUUGGUACAGAAGAAGCUGUAACACACAGUACGUGUGUUUUCAUGUGGAAGCCUGGGAAAAAAGUAUGGAUCUGGUUGUCCUAGCUGACGGUUGGGCAGGCCGCCCUUUCCUGCUCCACAGGUAGCCGCAGCUUGGUGCCAUGGCGAGGUGCAGCAGCUGGUGCAAAAGCUAAAAGCAAAAGGUGUAAAGCCUUUUAUAGCAAGAUUUAGUUAACAGAAAAAACAAAAUCCCUAGUGAAACAUCCAGAUAAAGAACUGGUGCUCGAGUACUCCUAGCUCCUGUCCUACGCAUGGAAGCUUUUCUUUUAUCCCUUGGCAGCUUCCAUCAUUCCACCUGAAACACGUUUCUGUGGUCAGUUACACUGGUACGCCAGCAUUUCAGCAGUGGUAGAUGAUCAGCAGACACAGUGCUAAGGCACAAACCGAAGCCUGGACGCUGCACCAAUGCUCAGCUCAAGGACGGGCCCUAAGCAGAAACGGGUGCUUCACUGGGCAGCCACACACCCGACCGGACUGUUCCGUCUGUACAAGAACCUGCAAGUGUAACCCAGCUUCUGUGGAGAAACGACUCCGGUUCUGCUCCUCCUGUGAUAAAACUAUUCUGUUCCAAGCCUGGGUACGCAAGAAAGAGAAUUCAGCCUGCCUUCUGGGACACGUGAGUUACACGUGAUUCAGCGGAGGAUUUUUAUUUGUUUUGUUUACAUCAAUAUAAAUCUCUUUCAAACAGUGAUAAAAAGGAAGUAGUCCCUGGGAUUUCAGUUUACAGUUCAACAGAAUAUAGAAACCUGCUACUGUAGGCUUAUCGCAGGUGAAAUCUGCAGAGGUACAGAUGUAAGCCGUAAAGCUGCAAGUCAUGAACUUUGUGGCGUCACCGUUACGAAUUUAGCAGAACAGAUGGUGAAACUUCUCCAGUGUGUCGAGUGAUACCCACGUGUGGAUCACCAGCGUUCUUGUCCUAUUAGUGCCACGCGACAUACUCCUUUUACUGUACAUUACACGAGUUCCUAAAAUGCUUCCCCUUUAUUUACAUCACUGAUUUUUUUCUCCCCACCAUGAAUGCAUUGGCACAGGUUUACUCUCUUAAAUACAGCUUACCUGCAGAAGUCUCCAAGAUUCUUCAAAAGCUGGGACUUGAAAAAUAACGCCACGAUGACAAAGAAAAGAAUUAACAGUGGUGGAUGUUUCAUAUCCAAGACUUCUUCCCCUUACUUUGUAUUCCAUCAUCUUCCAGCUCUCCUUAACAGCUUCUACACAAAGUCUGACAGCACGUUUGGUAUUGUACAUGCUUUAUUAAAAUGGUACUCGUAUUUACAAUAUCUGCAGAAACAAUCCCUCCCAAGUCUUGCAUUCAGACAGACACGCACACAUACACACGCGCGCACGCCCCUUCACUCUCCAGGGGUGUGAAGGCUACGCUCCCAAAAGUUAGGCAGCUUCUGGAAGAGGAGGAAGGGUGAUUUUUUUUGUGUGUGUUUGUAAUUACUUAAAAAGAAGCAUGGGAGUAUGCAUUUGGCCAUCACAAUGCUAAUUUAAGUAUAUGUAGUAUUAACAUAUGGCAGUAACACUGAGUAUUCCUCUUUUACAUUCUAUACACAGAAUGACAUCAAGGUUUUCCAGUCAACAGAACAUUCCAACUUCAGUCUCAAUGCUGCUUGUAGUGACUAUGAAACCACAAUUUGGGGGCUGUCCCUUAAAACAAUUCAAGUCUACGUAAGCGAAAUAAGGCACAAUUAAGAUUUGAUUUGAUUUGAUUCAGAGGAUGGGGAAAAAGGGGGAGAGGCAGGCUUCAGAUAAUCGUCGUUGUUGCAGAGGAAACAGUUUUACCCGACCCUUUUGAGAAAAGGAUGAAUUUUACCCCCGUCCUAAUCUACAUGGACUUCUCUUAGAGAACUGAAGUAUUCUGCCAGGGCUACUAACGCCCACCAACAAAACAAAAUUGGAAAUUCACAUUUUAACACCGGUUUCAGUAGUCUAACCUACUGAUACUGAUGUACAUGAGUACGUCUUUCUGUAAUGCUGAAGGAGAAGACACGCAUGAAACAAGAUUCAAACCGUCCACUGAGCUUGAAGACUCACGUCUUUUAGAGAGCUUGUAACAUAUACGAUUUGAAGGCUUCAGCUUACUGAUAAAAAGGAAUAGCGUUCUUGCCUUUAGAUCCCUGGCCCCUCUUCGCUAACGAAGCCUAACCAGACAUUACAAAUAAACUGCAACGAAAAGUGUGGCAGCACAAAUAAUGUCUAGUAUUCAAAUCUUCAUUUGUGAGUAUAUUAUUUUCCUUGUACAAAACCUGUUGAAUGUUUUUCGCAGCAGAUGAACUGUACCCAAAGAUGCAGGACAUUCUGUGAUGGGGAAUAAGAGGUUGCAGUUCCGAAGGCCCCUGACUUUGGUUGUUUACAAAGUUCAUUCCUGUUUAGUGUGAUCCUUGGUAUCUUCCUCAUCUGUGUAUUCUGAUGGUUCUUCCCCUGGUUUUAGGAGUCUACCUACGUAGUCGUAUU